CCUUUUGGAAUUGUGCCUUUGAUGGCGAAGAUGAAAGAAGCAUUCAAAGCCACAUUGACAUCAUGAGGAAAGAAAUGCAUUUGGCUGGUGGAAAUGCGGACAAGAUCAAGGAGUCCAUGGACAAAACAUUUCGCAUGCGUAGGGCAUAUGUAGACCUGGAAAAACCAGCACUGACAGACUUGCUUCAAGUUUAUCCAGCAAUGAGACUAGAGAGAGAGCUCCUCAACGAGUUCUAUAGGCUCACAGGAGUUAAUGCAAAGGAGGCACUAUUAACACUUGUGAGGAAAUAUGGCCAGCAGAUCCUGGCUUUAACACCACGUAGCAGUCGGCAUCAGGCUGAUGUUGAAGAUCCGGACAACCCCUAUCACUGUACUGUAGCCGUGCUGAUGCCCGUGCCUCGUUUGGUGAAGGAAGACCCCACUGCCAUCAUUUCACAGCUGGUGCCUGGUGAAAGCCAUGCCUAUCCGAAACUGUUACACUCAGCAGAUCAUCCGGCGACGUCUUCAGCCCUCCUCGUAGCAUUUGAAACGCUACAACUCACUACCACGGGCAUCAUCGAUGGUUUCGCUUUGCUGUUAGCUGUGUUUUGGGCCUAAUGUCCAGUAUACAGCUAAGGCAAAGUGGACGUGUCUCCUGUUG